GUCUGCCGACGACCAGCGGCCAGACGCUGCGGGAGCACUGCUGGGCUGGAGGAGGGCUCGAGCUGCGAGGACGGCACGGAGCAGCGGGGUGGGGCUCGGGGUCGCCCCAGGAGAGUUCCGCGGCCUGGGGGGGCAGAGGCAUGCACAAGUGGGGGCGAAAGGAGGGGGUGGAUGAGGAGGCUCGGGCCCUUCCACCCACGCGUCCAUUGGGCGGCGCCGCCAUCACUCUCUUCUGGGCUACACCGCCUUCUCUUCCUCCGCGGAACCCGGAUCCCCUCCUCCACCACCCUCUCCCCGCCCCGUCACGAUAGCCUCUCAUUGGACGGAGGCACGGUCAAUCCUCGUCGAGUUAGGGAGCCGACUGGACGCGAGGCCUUUGGGCCGUCCCCAGCCUCGUCGGAUUGGCUUCCCGCGCGUUGGCGCAACGGAAGAGGCGGCCGGCCGAGGGCGCGCCUCUGCUCUGGCUGGACUGCCGCGGAGGAGGCGAGAAGGAGUCCGACGCUGGGGGGCUUGCUGGGGCGGCAGCGGUGGCUGCUGCGGAUGGGAGCGGGCCGGCUCGGCGCGCCCAUGGAGCGCCACGGCAGGGCUUCCGCCACCUCCCUCUCGUCGGCUGGGGAGCAGGCGGCCGGGGACCCCGAAGGGCGGCGGCAGGAGCCACUGCGGCGCCGGGCGAGCAGCGCGUCGGUGCCCGCGGUCGGGGCCUCGGCUGAGGGCACGAGGCGGGAUCGACUGGGCUCCUACAGCGGCCCCACCUCGGUCUCCCGCCAGCGCAUCGAAAGCCUGAGGAAAAAGCGGCCGCUUUUUCCAUGGUUUGGACUGGAUAUCGGUGGAACUCUGGUCAAGCUGGUUUAUUUUGAACCCAAAGACAUCACUGCUGAAGAAGAAGAGGAGGAAGUGGAAAGUCUUAAAAGCAUUCGGAAGUACCUGACCUCCAAUGUGGCUUAUGGGUCUACAGGCAUUCGGGACGUGCACCUCGAGCUGAAGGACCUGACUCUGUGUGGACGCAAAGGCAAUCUGCACUUUAUACGCUUUCCCACUCAUGACAUGCCUGCUUUUAUUCAAAUGGGCAGAGAUAAAAACUUCUCGAGUCUCCACACUGUCUUUUGUGCCACUGGAGGUGGAGCGUACAAAUUUGAGCAGGAUUUUCUCACAAUAGGUGAUCUUCAGCUUUGCAAACUGGAUGAACUAGAUUGCUUGAUCAAAGGAAUUUUAUACAUUGACUCAGUCGGAUUCAAUGGACGGUCACAGUGCUAUUACUUUGAAAACCCUGCUGAUUCUGAAAAGUGUCAGAAGUUACCAUUUGAUUUGAAAAAUCCGUAUCCUCUGCUUCUGGUGAACAUUGGCUCAGGGGUUAGCAUCUUAGCAGUAUAUUCCAAAGAUAAUUACAAACGGGUCACAGGUACUAGUCUUGGAGGAGGAACUUUUUUUGGUCUCUGCUGUCUUCUUACUGGCUGUACCACUUUUGAAGAAGCUCUUGAAAUGGCAUCUCGUGGAGAUAGCACCAAAGUGGAUAAACUAGUACGAGAUAUUUAUGGAGGGGACUAUGAGAGGUUUGGACUGCCAGGCUGGGCUGUGGCUUCAAGCUUUGGAAACAUGAUGAGCAAGGAGAAGCGAGAGGCUGUCAGUAAAGAGGACCUUGCCAGAGCGACUUUGAUCACCAUCACCAACAACAUUGGCUCAAUAGCAAGAAUGUGUGCCCUUAAUGAAAACAUUAACCAGGUGGUAUUUGUUGGAAAUUUCUUGAGAAUUAAUACGAUCGCCAUGCGGCUUUUGGCAUAUGCUUUGGAUUAUUGGUCCAAGGGGCAGUUGAAAGCACUUUUUUCGGAACACGAGGGUUAUUUUGGAGCUGUUGGAGCACUCCUUGAGCUGUUGAAGAUCCCGUGAUCAUUACCUGGGGAGGGGUUCCUGAAACCUUCCACAAUGGGAUCUGUGGACUUUCAUUUUUUUAAGAGACUUACUCAAUUUCAUGACUGUACUACCUGAAACAAAGUGAGAAAGGACACGUGUAUUUUUCUAAGUCAUCAAGAUAAAUCCUUAAGAAUUCAGUCUAAACUAGCAACCAGGAAGGAAAAAUAUAUUAAAAACAACAAAAAAGUGGCCCAUGUCCAGGCAGUGUGAGGAUUUGCUGUAUAUAAGUUGCCUGCUUUGUAUUUUUGAAAUCUCUGCAUCACUCAUUGGAGGUGCUUCCGAAGAGAGCUGCUCUGUGUUCAGUUGACUGUGGUUUUGUGUCCUGUUUGAACUUGCUGAAUGUAAGGCAGGCUACUAUGUGUUAUAAUCUAAUCACAAUUUGUCAGUAUGGUCUUGGCAAUCAUCUGUGCAUUACUCUGGUUUGCAUUAAGCCUGUGUGUGAACUUACUGUAAAACAUGUUUUAUUUCAAGGUUCUGCAAAAUUAAUUGGGCAGGUUAAUUGUGUACCUGAAACUUAACAAGCAGUUUUUGGAAGGGCAGUUCCACGUUACUUUACACUAAAUCCCGGGAAUGAA